UUAAAAGGCUGGUGCGUAGGAGAAGUAGGAGAGCCUAGAGAAUAGAGAGUGAGUGGGUUCUUCUUGUUUGAAGAAGGUGGAUUCCUUCUGCACAUUACUAUAGAGAGAGAGAGAGAGAUGAGAGAAGUGGCUUGUGCUUAUUAGUAAGUGGGGAGGACUGAGGUAACUUAAAGCUCGAAACUGCGUUUUGUUUUUUUUGGGGUGUAGUAGUGUUUCCCUUGUGUUCACCAUGGCAGCAUGGGUUAGAGGAGAGAGCAGGACGAAGAGAGUUAGAGUGUUGCUAUUUAUUUACUUCAUGGCUCUGGUCCCCUUCUCAUGCUCUGCUGCUGGGAUGCACGGUUCCCAUCACAAGCUCGAAGUUCAGAAGCAUUUGAAAAGCUUCAACAAGCCUGCUUUUAAGAGCAUCAAGAGCCCAGAUGGAGAUAUUAUCGAUUGCGUCCAUGCUUCUCAUCAACCCGCUUUCGACCAUCCUUUGCUCAAAAACCAUUCAAUUCAGAUGAGACCUAGAUUUCAUCCAGAAGGUAUUUUCGACAAAAACAAUGCCACUACCAAGUCCAAACAAAGUUCAAACUCCAUUACUCAGCUGUGGCACCAGAAUGGAAGAUGCCCAAAAGGAACCAUACCCAUCAGAAGAACAAAGGAAGAUGAUAUUCUAAGAGCAGGCUCAGUCGAAAGAUUCGGAAGGAAGGAGAAGAACAAAAAAAUCCCUCAUCCCCAUUCUGCGGAUCCUGACGUAACAAAUGGAGGAGGAGGAGCUGGUCAUCAGCAUGCAGUAGUUUCUGUUGGAGGGAACAAGUAUUAUGGAACAAAAGCAACCAUUAACUUGUGGGAUCCCUCGAUCCAACGGCCUGAUGAGUUCAGCUUAUCCCAGUUAUGGAUUGUGGGAGGUUCUUAUCCCGGUCAUGAUCUCAACACUAUUGAAGCUGGUUGGCAGGUCUUCCCACAUCUGUAUGGAGACAGCAAUACGAGACUCUUCGUCUACUGGACUAAUGAUGCUUAUCAAACCACGGGAUGCUACAACCUCGCCUGCUCAGGCUUUGUUCAGACCAACAAUCAAAUAGCAAUGGGUGGAACCCUCUCUCCUGUAUCUGCCUAUGCUGGUUCCCAAUAUGAUAUCACUAUACUUGUCUGGAAGGACCAAACAAAUGGGAACUGGUGGAUGAAAUUAGGGAAUGAUGUGUUAGGCUACUGGCCUUCUUCCCUCUUCUCAUACUUGGCGGACAGUGCAUCCACCGUUCAGUGGGGAGGAGAGGUUAUAAACUUAGAAUCAAAUGGUCAGCACACAUCAACUCAGAUGGGUAGUGGCCAUUUCCCUGUAGAAGGCCAUGGUAAGGCAAGUUAUUUCAGGAAUAUUCAGGUUGUUGAUGGGUCCAAUAAUCUAAUAGCCCCGACAGGACUCGGCAACAUUGUUUCGCAACCCAAUUGCUAUGAUGUCCAAAAUGGCAAUAAUGGUGAUUGGGGGAACUACUUCUACUAUGGUGGUCCAGGCAGAAACCAAAAUUGCCCAUGAACCUACAAGGAAUCAACACCUUCGUUGUGCAAUCCAAAUUGCAAUAAUGGUGAUGAUCUUGGCAGAAACCUCAAUUGAUGCAGUUAAAACUCCUUAAAUGGGAUUAUUUUAUUAUAAGUAAGUUUUGGAUUGAGUUAUGUAUUUUGUUGGGUCUUUGAUUUAAUGUAUUUUUAUUGUAAUAGAACAUUUUAAUUAACGGGCAUCUAAUGAGAAUAAUGGCUAGACGUACUGGAUUAAUUAAUUGUCAUUAUUUCUGUAUUUUAAUUGUUAUCUAAAUGUUUUA